AUGCUUGUGAAAUGCGAGUCGAAAUCUGCCCGGGUUAAAGCAGUCGCAUUCCACCCGAAGCUGCCCUGGGUGCUUGUAGGCCUACACUCGGGACCGAUUCAUCUUUGGGACUAUAAACGAGGCUGCAUUCUCCACAAAUUUGAGGACCACGUUGGUCCGGUACGUGCUUUACAUUUCCACCCGAAUCAGCCAUUGUUUUGUUCUGCUGGUGAUGACCAUGAUAUUCGUGUAUGGAAUUAUAGUACCCAUCAGAAGUUGUUUAGUUUAAGUGGGCAUCUAGAUUAUGUGCGUGCGGUAGAGUUCCAUUAUGAGUAUCCAUGGAUUGUGAGUUGUUCUGAUGACCAGACAGUGCGUAUUUGGAAUUGGCAGAGUCGUCAGUGCCUAUCGGUUUUGGCGGGUCAUCAUCAUUUCGUGAUGUAUGUUCGAUUCCAUCCAAGUCUUGAUUUGAUUGCUUCAGCAUCAAUGGAUCAGACUAUUCGUGUGUGGGAUGUAUCUGGACUUAAAGAAAAGACUGUUGCCCGAUUGCACUCCCUUAACCCAGGUACAAAUGCCAGGAAUAGUACGGAGAUGUUUCAGCCACAGGACGCGGUGUGUAAGUAUAUAAUCGAAGGGCAUGAUCGAGGUGUCAACUGGAUAGAUUUCCACCCACAUGUUAAUAUGUUGGUAUCAGGUAGCGAUGAUCGUAUGGUAAAGCUUUGGCGUUUCGAUGAGACCCGUUGGUGGGAGGUGGAUACGUUCAGAGGACACUUUAAUAAUGUAAGUGCUGUUAAAUUCCACCCCAUUUUGGACGUCAUUAUAUCCAACUCGGAAGACCAUACCAUUCGUAUUUGGGACGUUAACCAACGGAAGCUACUUAACUCCGUGCGACGGGAAUCAGAUCGCUUCUGGGUCCUCGAUUGCCAGCAGAACUCUAUCGCCGUCGGACACGACAGCGGUAUGAUCGUAUUCAAGCUACAACGGGAACGUCCAGCCGCCGUGCCUUGGAUGUCCUCCACCUCAGGAUUGGGAGCACUUUGCGCAGAUAAUAACACUCUCAAACUACUAGACUUGAACGAUGAACGUGUGCUCUCCCGCUCCGCUAUUCGUCCUGCACGCGAUGCACUUAGUGGCCAGCCACAUCGCUUAGUCAAAAACCCACUCAACAACACAGACCACCUCCUUGCCGUCCUCUACCCCAGCGAAUUCGGCAAUGACUUGUUUACUUACGACAUUCUAAGACUCCAGGGACCAACCGACAAACUAGGCUUGGCGGAUGGUGGUAAGUUAGCGGACGGUGGUAAGCUGGCAGAUAGCCUCAAGCUGAACGCUCAGUCGCCGCCAUGCAGCGCCUUAGAGUUCUGCGGGCGAUCGAAAUAUGUAACACUCGAUAAGACGGGUACCCUCAAACUGCACACUAUUGCGAUUGGCGGUGCCGAUGAGUCCGUGCGCACUGUCGAGUGGCCGUUGGAAGAACAGCCUGAGAAGGUGUUUUAUGCUGGCAACAACAAGGUCUUGAUCCGUGCGGGAGAUUCAGUUUAUUUGUUCGAUCUGGUGAACAAAAAAGUGCUCAAUAAACUGGAUCUGGCAAUGGCCGGGGCGCACGGUUCUAAGGGCAAGAUCCGCUAUUGCUGUUGGGACGGGAGCCGCGUGGCACUGAUAAGCAAGUUUUAUAUCUGCAUUGCGACUAAGGACCUGGAGCAUCUGUAUUCGCUGCAUGAGCCAGUGCGCAUCAAAAGUUGCAUCUGGGACCCCGCGGGUGCGCUCCUUUACACGACGGCCAGUCACCUCAAGUACCUGCUUCCCAACGGUGAUGGCGGUAUUGUGCGUAGUCUGCCCGAGUGCUGCGGUAACACUUAUUUGCUAGGCCUUUUGGACCCGGAGCACGCGGCGAAUGUGACGAGUGCUGGAACGACCGGCACGGCGACGACUGUGGGUAGCAGCAAUGGCAGCAACGGUGUCGCAGGAGGCGAGUGCUGUCGCCUACUGUACCUGGACUAUGAGCACAAGGUGAAGGAGAUGGAUGUGGAUGUGCGCGAAGAACGACUUAAGAUCGCGGUCCAGCGGCGGCAACUGGAUCGGAUUGCGGACAUUCUCAAAUCAUCACGUCGCCUGCCCGGCUGGGCUUGGAUCAAGUACCUGGAGGCGCACGGUUACCCCGAGGUGGCUUACCAUUACGUAACGGAUGACAGCACACGGGCCUAUCUCGCACUGCAAUUCGGCAACCUCGAUGCGGCGCUCCAAGCCAUGCAAAGCGCGGGCACGUCCACGACGGCAGCGAGCUGGGAGCAGCUGGCACGGGCAGCCGUGGAGAAGGGUCGAGUGGAUAUUGCAGUCGUGGCCUACCAGAAGGCCCGCAAGUAUGCCCAGUUGAUUAAACUCCUAAGUCUCUUGGGUGACCUGGAGCGUCUUAAGAAGCUGACGAAUGUGGUCAAGGUCAUGGGCGAUGAUAAUCUGACUCUCCUGGCUAACCUACACACCACUGAUAUCCAGGGUCGCGUGGCGUUGCUGCAGAAUCUGUGUCCGGAAAUGGCAUACAUGUGUGCGCUUGCACACAAUCUGGAGACGGACACACUGAAGGAACAACUGACACCUCAAGUCCGUGACAAAUUACAACAAGCCGUCGCCGCACGCAAGGAGAAGACACUUCUAGCCGCACCCAUUCCCAUUUCCCUCGCCGAAUCCGUCAAAACAUGGACCCUCAAACCUGAUGAUACCGCUCCCGCUGCUUUCCACGAGUUGCUAACUAAACCCAAGGCCACUAGCACUCGAGACCAGGAACAACGGGACCAAGACCAGCCGCAAGUAGGUAACGCCUGGGCCGAUGAAGAUGAAGACUGGUUAUCGGAUGACGACGAGGACCACUCGGUGGCCGGCGGCGAGCAGACGGGAGAGAAUUUAGCAUUGGGGGUGGAUUCGGAUGAACCUGUUGGGGUAGGCAAUAGUCUUGGGUUGAUUGUGUCACCAACCCAACCGGGUAUGUGUAUUGCGGAUACAGCGCAUAGUGUUGGUACCUUGGUCGCGGUUGGACGUUUCGAAGAGGCGUUGUGUGUUCUGCGCGAUGAAGUUGGACUUUCCGGCUUGGGCAACUUGCGGGAGCUUUUCAAAAUGCAGUUUGUCGCCGCACAGUCCUAUCUACCCUCGUUGCCAUGCAUGGGUGCCAUGCCAACACAUCUCCUCGACUCAGAGGGCGGGGUAGUUAAUCAAACACAGAUUCAGGUCCACUGUUUGUACACACCAUUCAGCUUCAAUCAGGCAUACCGCAAGGGCAUCGAGGCAUUCGGAGCUAGACAACUACCUGAAUGCACCACCGCCAUGCACGACUGCAUACGCCAAGCAUGUCUCGUCAGCGUCGAUGUCGAACAAGAAGUACCCGAUAUCGCGACCAAAAUUCAUAACGCCGCCCAAUACCUUCUCGUCAUCAAACUACUCAACGAAGCCGAGGCCGCACCCACCGGAACCGACAGGCUACAGAAACUACUCGCGUCCACCACACUACCCGUCAAGGCACCGCACAGAUUCAUUCUCUUCCGAGAAGCCUGUAAAACCGCCAGGAAACUUGAAAAUCACAAGACAUGCGCCAACCUAAUCCGGAAAAUGGCCAAGCUGAAUUUGGAAGCAUCAGCACCUGAGUUUAGUCACGACAUUGGUCGCAUGAAGACGAGACUGCUUACCGAGCAGGAGAAACUCGGCACGGACAAGUUCGAGGAUUUGGUGAUCGAGUGUCGAGUAUGCGCUAGCACGCUGGAGCUCCUGAAAGAAGAUAACGGAGUACCGUGUGCACUCUGUGGAGCCAUCUCUGCGUCGUCAUUGGAAGGCUCGACUUGCGGACUAUGUCGUGUUGGCCGUGUCAGUUCCAGCCUGCCCGGCCGAAGUUUCAUCGCCAGUGCUUGUUGA